CCUCUUUCCGCCUUUCCUUGUUCAACUCGAGUGCUCCCUCUGAUUGUUGAACCAAAACAACAGCUCAGUUCUAAAAAAAAAGGGGUGUAGGAGAAUGUCAGAGAUAGCCUGCUGUUUAUUUCAUGAUGCUGCUUGUUUAGUAUUGUGUAGUCUCUAGCUAUUUACUGGGUUCAACACUUUCUGGCUAUUUUAUUGUUCUUGUGAUACAUGAGAAGAAGUACACCAUUUUGUUUGAGGAAAUUGUCUUAUAACGAUUUAAAAGGGUUCAUUUCUGUGAGGGAAUGUCAUGAACACAUUUCAACUUCCUUUGGAACUCGGGCUGUGUGCCGCCUGUCAACCAAACCCAAUGUUUUGGAAUGUGAAGAAGAAAGACUUCUUGACGCGUUUCAAACACACGAUCAAGAUCUUCUCCUCAAGAGUAGUGAUUCUGGGACAAAAAAUCAACGAGCACUUGUUGUUGAACGAGGGUUGAAGAGAUGUAUGGAGUUGGGUGAUAUCAGAGAAGGCAGAAUAGUUCAUGCCAAUGUCCUUGCAUCUGAGUUUAAGGAUGAUACUAUUAUUCUCAAUAACAUCAUACAAAUGUAUGUUAAGUGUGGCAAUUUAGAUGAGGCUAGGAAAUGUUUUAAUGAGAUGCCGUAUAAGGACACAUUCACCUGGACUAGUAUGAUUAUUGCUUAUACGCAUAAUGGUAGGCCCGAGGAAGGUCUUUCUUUAUUUCCAAAGAUGCUUUGUCUUGGUUUCAAACCAAACAAGUUCACCUUCUCUAGCCUCCUUAAGGCCUCCAACACAAUACGUAGUGCUAAGCAUGGUAUGCAUAUACACACCCUUUGUAUCAAAUAUGGUUGUGAUUCAAGUGUCUAUGUCGGAACUUCUCUUGUAGAUUUGUAUGCAAGGUGUGGCCUUAUGAAUGAAGCGCAAUCAGUAUUUGAUGGACUUGUGAGCAAAAAUGAGGUUUCUUGGAAUGCCCUAAUGGCUGGCCAUGCUCGAAAGGAAAGAGGAGAGGAAACUCUUAGUUUGUUCCAAAGGAUGAAAAGGGAAGAUUUUGAGCCCAAUGAUUUCACAUAUUCAACUGUACUCAAUGCAUGUGCCAACACAGGAGUCUUGGAGCAAGGGAAGUGUAUACAUGCUCAUGUGAUAAAAUAUGGGGUGAAGCUUAUUGCUUUUGUUGGGCACACUCUUCUUCAUAUGUAUGCUAAAUGUGGGAGUGUUGAGGAAGCAGAAAAGGUAUUUACUAGAUUGAUGGUGCGAGAUGUUGUUUCAUGGAAUUCAUUGUUAACUGGAUAUGCCCAACAUGGUCUUGUGCACAGAUCAUUGGAGCAAUUUGACAAUAUGCUAAAGACUGGAAUACAACCUAACGCGGUAACAUUUCUUUGCUUGCUUACUUCUUGUAGCCAUGCUGGGUUUGUGAAACAAGGACUGUAUUACUUCAAGAUGAUGAAAAAAACAUAUGGUUUAGACCCAAAAAUUGAGCAUUACGUCACAAUAGUUGAUUUACUAGGACGAGCGGGAAAACUCGAUCAAGCUCUGAGAUUUAUUACGGAUAUUCCCAUGGAUCCUGUUGCAGAGAUAUGGAAAUGUCUGUUGGGUGCAUGUAGGAUGCACAGAAACAUGGAAUUAGGUGUUUAUGCAGCUGAACGAGUUUUUGAGCUUGACCCUUACGAUUCAGGCCCGUAUGUGAUACUUGCUAAUAUGUAUGCUUUGGCUGGUAGAAGAAAUGAUGUUGCUAAGGUGAGAAAGAUGAUGAAAGAUUGCAGGGUAAGGAAGGAACCUGCUUGUAGCUGGGUUGAGAUUGGGAAUUCAGUUCAUGUGUUUGUUGCUGAUGAUGAUACUCAUCCUCAAAGCAAAGAGAUUUAUGAGAUGUGGGAUUGUAUAUGUGCAAAGAUCAAAGGAAUUGGUUAUGUACCAGAUAUAAGUCAUGUUCUCUUGUUUGUAGAGGAGCAUGAGAGAGAAGUGAAAUUGCAACAUCACAGCGAAAAGCUUGCCUUGGCAUUUGCUUGUCUGAACACGCCGCCUAAAUCCACUAUCCGAAUUAAGAAGAACAUUCGAGUAUGUGGUGAUUGUCAUUCAGCAUUUAAAUUUGCAUCAAUUGUAAUUGAAAGAGAAAUUGUUGUGAGGGAUACAAAUCGUUUCCAUCAUUUUCAAAAUGGUUCUUGCUCUUGCAGGGAUUAUUGGUAGUACUGGAGAAUAGGGGUGUCAAAUCGGGUCAUCGGUCGGGUAUAAUCGGUUCGGGUAUAAUCGGAUAAUGUAGUUGUGCAUUGUGCUUAUGCGGAUUGAAUGUGUGACUUUUUUUUUCGGGUCACUUCGGUUUUUGUCAAAAAUCGGUUGAAUCGGGUCAGUUUUUGACAGCCCUACUGAAGAAGUGAAGAUCACUCGCUUAAUCUCCUUAGGAGUUAAGGACAGUAUUUCAGAUUGCUAAGAGUUAUGUGCUCACCGAGUCAGGAUUGCAGACUUGCAUAGGAUGGCCAUUUACAGUUAUUCGUUUGUCUUUCUACUGAUACCAUGUAGAAUUAUAUACAGAUGGAGGAUAUUCUCAUCAAACACACAGGAAAACACACAGGGUUAAAGUUGCAUUCUUUGAAAAGGAUUCUGCUAGGUGAACCUUGCAGUAGUAUUAUGAAAGCUGAAGCAUUCUCCUAACAGAACUUUUUGUCACACACGAUUCCUCUUGCUUUAUGAGUUUCUUAUGAAGAAGUGAAAAUUAUGCCAUUGGGAGCAAGAAAUGUGCUGCAAAAUGAUUGCUUAAAUAAUCACAAGACGCAAUCGUUUUACUGAAACGAUACAGGCAUGCAGCUGUUCUUUGCACAAAGCUGGAGUUGCAAAUACCUGGCAUACAGCUCGUCUUUGCACCGAGCUGAAACUGCACAUACCUGGUAAUCUGUUUUGUUAACCGAAGAUCAAGUUGUCUCAGCUGAUGGUGUUCCAAAGUUACUGAUAUAUGGAGUAUGUAUGAGCACUUGAGCAGGUGGAAUAUAUGUUAUAAAGAAGGGCUUAGAUCAUACUCUUCUAUUUUUUCUGGGAGAUGGAAGCUGUGAAGUUCUUGCUGUUUUUGUCUACUAGAAUUUUAAGUUUUCCCUUGUGAGAUUCACCAAUCCAGUAAUCUAAGGGUGAAUGGCAAUGGGUUUAUGCUCCCCCUUAUAGUUCAGUUAGCGACUCACUCUAGUAAAUCAUUGUUCGCUAAUUGAGGGCAUGUUCGGCAUCAUUUCCUGUUUUGAGUUUUUUGUUUUCAUAAAACAGGAAGCUGAUUUCAGUUUUGAUUAUUUUAGCGGUUUUAGUUUUAUCCAUGGUAAAAA